AUGAACAGCUCUUUGAAUUUGAGUGCAACAAAGUUAGAUCUACUGACGUUGGAGGAAAUCAGAGACCCUACUUUGAUCAGUAGAUACCCUCCACUUUUCCAAAGAAAACAAUUAUAUGUCGAUGUCGAUACCAGUUCUGCAACGACAAAUUACCUGUUUCUUCACAGUCAAAGAUCACAGAAAAGUCGACACUUUUUACAGGAAACUACUGUAAAGCCCAAUGGUUAUGUUAAGCCCAAUAGUUAUGUUAAGCCCAAUAGUUAUGAUGCAAAGCCCAAUAAUCAUGAUGUAAAGCUCAAUGAUCAUAAUGUAAAUCUUGAUGAUCAUGAUAAUUUGGAAGCAAGGGUUUUCACUUCAAUAACACCGUCCUCGUCAUCGGACGGUGGAGAAAGCUCACAUCAUCAACAACAACAUCAUUGCCAAAGCAAACUUGGUCGGUUUUUCAAAAGUUUAUCAAGAACAUCAAGAAAAGAAACAAAACAGGACUUGCUAAAACAAUCAAUUAGUGGACCCAUUCCUCAACAGAAGCAUUACCAUCACGAUUACAAACAUAGCGUGCCAUCCAACAAUGAUUCAAUGUAUUUAAACUCGCUAUAUCCAACAAAAUCGAAUCCAAAAUCGAAAAUCAGUAAACCAUUCAAAAUCAAGCGAGACAUUACAUCUUUCUCCUCAUCGUCCAAUGAGUCUCGGUUUGACAUCACCUCGACCCCGAUUUCCUUGAAUUCAAGCUCAUACAAAGGAAAACCGGUUUCUUCUGCUCAACACCAUCGAUUCCCGCCAUCUUUGGUAUCUCCACAAUCGGCAAUAAACAGCAUUAUCAUCCCUCCUGUGGGAACUACGCAAACUAUUGGGAACCCUGAGCUUUUCUCAAGUGCAAUUGUACACCCAAACAUGAGACGUCAUCAACGUGACAAUUUUGGAUAUGGUUCAGGAGGUAGGCCCAAUGUGUCAUUUGCGAAAUACGAUAUGAUGAACUUUGACAACAAUGCAUUGUCCCCGACUGAUGGUAACGAUAACAUUAAUGUAUUCAAGUCGGCCCUAGAUAACCAAGAUGAUGAUACUGAUGAGAUGUUUGUGCCCACAUCUUCUUUCUUUAUACCCACAACCUCGGAUUCCUUUGACAGUUAUUAUAGUCUCGACCAAUUAGAAGAAGAAGAAGAAGAAACACCUAGAUCAAGCAACUCAAAAAAGCUCAAGGUUUCAUCUAGUUUUCCCAGUUGUUAUCUUGUUACUUCGAAGGUGUUUGUGAGGUCGCGAAAUGGCGGUGCUUUGAAGAUUGUUCGUGAGCAUUACUUGAGAAACGAUAUUCCUUGUUACUCACUUGCUUGUGAACAUUGCCAAAAUAUUAUCAAACCCAACGCAAAAGGUGACUUACCUAAAUUCAUUUUAUCGGCUAACCCAGCCAAAACGAUUAAGGGCGAGCCGCAUUAUGUGGUGUUGGAUACAAAUAUCAUUUUACAUGCUAUGGACUUGCUAGAAAAUACGCAAUGCUUUUUUGACGUGAUUGUACCACAGACGGUAUUAGAGGAAGUGAAAAAUAGAUCUUUCCCACUUUACCAAAGAUUAAGAAAUUUAGUCAAGCUGGAAGAUAAAAGAUUUGUCGUUUUCCACAAUGAGUAUAAUGAAACGACAUACGUGACGAGGAACAAGAAUGAGACAAUUAAUGACCGAAAUGAUAGGGCGAUUAGAAAAGUUGCAUCUUGGUAUAAGGAGCAUUUGCCAAAUAUUGAAGUGGUAUUUGUUUGCAGUGAUGUGGACAAUAGAAACAAGGCAAAAGCAGAAAAUUUGAAUGCCAAGUCAUUGGCGGAGUAUUUCGAUAUCUUACCCAAUGGAGACGAUUUAAAAGACUUGAUCCCCACAGAUUUGAGUUUUCAGCUGUUUGAAAAGGGACUUGACGAAACUUCGUUUCCUGAGUAUUAUUCUAAUGCGAGAAUAAUGGCUGGAAUCAAAAACGGGACAUUGUAUCAAGGUAUAUUGAAUAUUUCCCCAUACAACUAUUUGCAAGGUGAAGUUAAUGUACCUGCAUUCAAGAAACCAUUACUUAUUCAAGGAUCUAAGAACUUAAAUAGAGCAUUCAAUUCAGACUCUGUAAUAGUGGAGUUGCUUCCAAAAGAUAAGUGGAAAGAACCCUCCUCAACAAUCAUUGAAGAAACUGCUAUAGGGUCAAAUGAUAAUGCUGAUGACGACGACGGAGGCGAUGAGGAUAAUGCAAUGGGAGGAACUAACACCACAAUAAUAUCAGACAAAGAGCGAUUACUUUUAGCUCAAGAAGCAAUGAAAUCGUCUAGAGCAAAUGAUGAGAAGCGGCUCCAGCCAACAGCCAAAGUUGUUGGAAUAAUGAGGAGAUCAUGGAGGUAUUAUGUUGGGCAGAUUGCGCCUUCUUCGGUUAGUCAAGACGAUAGCGGUAAUAUAGCAAAGAGUUGUUUUGUUGUUUUAAUGGAUAAAACAUUGCCCAAAAUUAGAAUGCGAACGAGAAAAGCAAAGGAAUACUUGGGACAGAGGAUCGUUGUUGUAGUUGACUCUUGGCCCAGUACUUCGAAAUACCCAAAUGGACAUUUUGUACGAGCAUUGGGAGAGAUUGAAAGUGCCGAGGCAGAAACUGAGGCAUUACUAUUGGAACAUGACGUAGAAUAUCGUCCAUUUUCCAAAAGUGUGUUAGACUGUUUACCAAAGGAAGGGGACAACUGGGUUGUGCCAGAUAUGGAAAACAACAAUACCGAUGCACAUUUGGCCAAAAGAGUAGAUUUACGCGAUAAAUUGGUUUGUUCAAUUGAUCCACCCAAUUGUGUUGAUAUUGAUGACGCCUUGCAUGCACAGAAACUACCUAAUGGAAACUACGAAGUAGGUGUGCAUAUUGCCGAUGUCACAAAUUUUGUCAAACCAGGAACGGCGUUGGACCAAGAGGGAGCGUCGCGUGGAACCUCUACUUAUUUGGUAGACAAAAGAAUCGAUAUGUUGCCAAUGUUGCUAGGAACCAACCUUUGUUCUUUAAAGCCAUUUGUGGACAGAUUUGCAUUUAGCGUCAUUUGGGAAGUUGAUGAGAAUGCAAACAUUAUUAAUAUCAAAUUCAUGAAGUCGGUUAUCAAAUCAAGACAAGCUUUUUCUUAUGAACAAGCUCAAUUACGCAUAGAUGACCCAAAACAACAAGAUGACUUGACAAAUUCCAUGAGAAUUUUGUUGCGUUUGUCCAAAAAGUUGAAACAAAAAAGAUUGGAAGCGGGUGCAUUGAACUUGGCAUCUCCUGAGGUUAAAGUGCAUAUGGACAGUGAAACUUCAGACCCUCAAGAAGUUGAAAUCAAAAAGGCUUUGGAAACAAAUUCUCUUGUCGAAGAGUUUAUGUUGUUUGCAAAUAUAUCUGUUGCUAGAAAGAUUUAUGAUGCAUACCCUCAAACCGCGAUGUUGAGAAGACAUGCUGCUCCGCCUGCUACGAAUUUUGCAUUGUUGAACAAUAUGUUGAAUGUCAGAAAAAAUGGUAUGUCUAUUUCCUUGGAAUCCUCAAAGGCUUUAGCAGAUUCGUUAGACAGAUGCGUUGAUCCAGCUGACCCAUAUUUUAACACAUUAGUCCGAAUCAUGUCCACUAGAUGUAUGGUGGCUGCCGAGUACUUCCCCUCCGGCUCUUACGGAUACCCUGAAUUCAAGCACUAUGGUUUAGCUGUAGAUAUAUACACCCAUUUCACAUCACCAAUUAGAAGGUAUUGUGAUAUAGUUGUGCACAGGCAACUAGCUGGUGCCAUUGCUUAUGAAAAUUUGGAUUUGAGUCAUAGAGACAAAAGCAAGAUGGAAAUGAUUGUUAAGAAUAUAAAUAAACGUCAUAGGAAUGCCCAAUUUGCGGGAAGGGCAAGUAUAGAAUAUUAUGUCGGGCAAGUUAUGAGAAAUAACGAAACCGAACACGAGGGUUAUGUUAUCAGGAGUUUCAAUAACGGUAUUGUAGUAUUGGUUCCCAAAUUCGGGUAUGAAGCGCUAAUCAAACUAGAAAGUAUGGGUGAUGUCACUAGUGCUAAUUACGACGAGGACAAAUACGAGUUAUCUUUUACAGAUUUUCAGGGAAAGAAAAGAACCGUUGGUGUGUUUGAUAAAGUUAAGGUUGAUAUCAAGUCUAUCAAGGACGAAGUGAGCGGUAAAAGAAGAGCGCAAUUGGUUUUGAAAUAG